AUGAAUGGGAUAUACUCUCUAAAGACAAUUUAAUGUAUAAGCAAUGGCUUAGAAAAACAUUAAGCUUGGUUGGCUAAAUUUGAAGAUGUUAAAACUUUGAAAAAGAAGAAGAAGAGCAAAUUAGAAUAAGAAUAGGAUGAUUCUAUUGAAGAUGUAGAUGAAUUUACAUAAUAAAUAAUUGUAAAUUAUACAUAUUAUACAAGAUUUCCAAAUUACUAUUUAGAUGGAGUUGAAAAUGUUUGGUUAAACCUGCUAAGGGGAAGAGGAACCUAAUGUUAUAAAAAUCUAGUUUAAGUUGAAGAUCAUUUAACAUCCAAAGGAGCAUAGUGGAUUAUUCAAAAAUACAUAGAAAAACCAUUAAUUGUAUUUGGUAAGAAAAUGGACAUCAGAUAAUUGGUGUUAAUUACUGAUUGGAAUCCUUUGACUGUUUGGAUUAAUGAUGAAGCAUAUCUUCGUUUUACUGAAGAAGAAUAUGAUCCUAAAGAUUUGGAAAACAAGAUGUCUCAUUUGACAAAUAAAUUUUAUGUAGAAAAAGGGAGAAAUACUUCUAUAAUUUAAUUUAGUGAUUAUUUAAUGAUUACUAUUAAACCUUAAUUUGAAUAAGCAAUCAUAUGGUCCUUAUAAAAAAGAAUUCGUAUGUAAUUUUGGGGUAACGAUUUCAUGAUUGAAGAUAAAUUUCGUGUUUGGUUAAUCGAAAUCAAUAGUAGUCCAGAUUUUUCAUAUUCAACACAUGUGACUGAAAAUUAAAAAUUAGUUAAAGAGGUUUCAGAAGAUUUAAUUAAAGUAGUGAUUGACAAAGAAAAUAAUAAGAAAUGUGAUACUGGCAAAUUCCAAAGAAUCUACAAAACCAAAUCUAUUCUAGAAAAACCUGCAUCAGUUGGAAUAAAUUUAUAUUUGGAGGGAAAAAAAAUUAAGAAAGUAAAGGGAUGA